GCGCGUGGAUGUGAUGCUAUUACAUCAAUGGACAGCAGCGCUCCUCGCUUCCAUAGCUCGGAGGAAGAGGUUCUAUGCAGCAGCUAUACCGUUAGCCACAUAUCUACCGUGCAAAUCAGCUGCGUCAUACCUGCACACGGUGGCACAGAAUUAAGCCAUUAAAGCUGUUAUUUUAACUGUGCCUCUUCUUUAAGCGGGUGCCGGGAUUUUCACUGUGUCCCCCUUCGGUUCGCCUAGAUCACAAAGCUUUCAGAUCGCAAAGGUUCCGCUAACCUGUGAAAAUGGUGAAAUUGGGGAACAAUUUUUGUGAAAAGAAUAACGCAAAGCCCGUCUCCGAAGAUGGAUUUGACACAAUUCCCCUUAUAACACCUCUAGAUGUCAAUCAACUGCAGUUUCCUCCUCCCGACAAGGUGGUGGUGAAGACCAAAACAGACUACAACGGUGAUCAUAAGAAGGGAGCCUUCCGUUCCCCUAAAAUAGCCGAAUUUACAAUAAGCGUCAUCGAAGGCGUUUCUGAACGACUCAAAGUGACCCUUCUGGUGAUUUGUGCGCUGGCGUUUCUGGUGUGUGUGGUGUUCCUGGUCGUCUACAAAGUGUACCAGUAUGAGCAGCCCUGCCCAGAGGGAUUCGUGUACACGAACCGCUGCAUGCCAGCUGGAGUGUACAACUACUACCCCCCUCAGGGCCCUGGGGGGCGCGGCAGACUCUUCACCAUCAUCAACCACUACAACCUGGCCAAGCAGACCAUCACCCGGUCUGUGUCCCCCUGGAUGACCAUCAUGGCCGAAGAGAAGGUCUCGCAGCAAGAGACUGAGACCUCACAGAAGCUGGCCUAGAGGGGGAGCCACAAACACACGCACGCGCACACACACACACAGGGAUGCAGACCAUUUUAUAUGAUCAGACAAAUGUAUUCACCAACACGCUUGCACUCUUACGCGUGUGCACACAGACACAUAUGCGAAAACACACACACGGACAGACAGAUAUACACACACACACACAAACACUCUUACAUAGGAAUUUACACCUGCACUAUUACACACCCACACAUACAUCCUCAUAUCACAUACACCAGUAUGCACACUACAAUGCAGAGAUUUAUACAGCUUCAUGCACACCUACAUACGCCAGUACACACACGCGUGUGCUUAGACACACAGGAAUGUGGGAAUGUGUAGCAACGGCUACACGCAGUCAAAUUUCAACGCCAUACUGAUAAGAGGGUGUGCAUUACAGUAGCUCCCAAUCUCAAAUGUUACCGUGGCUGUCCAUGGAGAGAUUGAACCAUUUCAUUACUAUAUAUGUAUCAUAAUUGCAGAAAAAGUUUCUACUGAAGCAGUUCCCUCUUCCUAUUUACAUGUUACCCAUCAUUCAAUUUGAAAUUAAACCCAGUAGGAGAGUUCACUGCACACUGCUGCCUGCUUGAUAUGUCAAGGAAGAACAGCUCUGGGGCCCUCAGACUCAAAAAACCUGUUGGUCCAGUCAGGAGGAAGGGGAGUGGUCACUCCUUGAGCCAAACUGGCAAGAGCAGUACACCCCUACAGUAGAGCUUUGGUAUUGCCACUUCAUGAUGACAUCAUCAAACCUUUCCACUGCAAGUCCUGUAUUCACAUCCAGUUAGCUGUCAGUUUGGAUAGAGCUUGAACUGUGAUGACCUGGGCUGAGUGCAGUGUAAUCUGAUCUCUCUUGUAUUUAUUACUCCGUUUAGGGCCGCCUGCAUCUUUUAUUUUCCCCUCAUCUCCACCUGCUGCUUUACACUGCACUGCUGAGCCAUGCAGGUGGGCCCAUUAGCUGUGAUGUUUACUGCUGCCAUGGCUCCAUGUCAGUCUCAGUCAUAUCAUGGACUUCAUUGGCUAUAUGAACAGGAGGCCCACCAACUCCAUCAAUACAUGUUGUUUUGUUCAAAAGGACGCAAGGAACUGUCGUCUCCGCUUGAAUAAAAAAUAGCUUAAUAUGCUCACAUUACCAUGAGACUAAAUGUAUUUCGGGGAAUGUGCAAAUAAUUUCUUUUGAAAUCAAAUUUGAACUUGAGACUAAUAAAAGCCUAGUAAAAUUAAUACUAGAAAACAAUAUUUAGUGGUACUUUUGUUGCUGAAGAAUGUGAGCAUUAUGUUUGUCAUGUUAUAUACUCAAACCAUACAAGUAUGUUUAAAGAUAUAUAAACUGAGUUUUAUGCUGAGAAAAGCUAUUUAUUACACAGUCAAUGUGUAAAGUGAAGUACAAUUAAACCCAAUGGAACCUUAGUUUGAUUAGUGUUUGGAGGACAACACAUUUCUUUGCUGUUAAUCCUCGGUCCGAUGUCAAAUGGGUUAAUUUAAAUGAAGAGUUCUGUUGGCCUAACGUUGAAGCCUUGGAUCCUAAUGGGCAAUGAAGACUGCUGUCUGUGCAUUAACAUCCUGCUGUAAUUUGGUUAUUCAAUAAUAAAAGUCUGCAGUCUGCUAGGAACAAUAUACUUUAUGGCAUUUAAUGCACUGGCUGGAAAUGAACACACUUGGGGCCUGGUUCAUCUUCUUCCUGUCUUCUGAUGAGGACUAUAUCUGUCACUGUACAGCUGUACAUAGUCAAGCAACAUUACUCUUCUAGAAAGGUUUUUCAACACAAGCUGAAGAACAAAAUGUGCUCAUUUUCUUAUUUUAUUAGGUUCCCAUUCUUUGUAUUAUUGAAAGUGCAAGUGUUGAAAGUGAAACAUUGGCUUCAUAUGCAGAUUAUGUAAGCACCCAUCAUAAAAUGUAGAACCAGGGCAAUGAGUACCAGGUUUUUAAUCAGUGAUGAGUUUGGCUGUUCCUUGGGGAAUGUUCUUUUUGUCCUGGUAGCCUCAUGAGUGCAUGUUUCUCUGCCCUACCAGGAGAUCAGGCCAGAGGUCAAACUCAUUUUUAGAAUCAUUUCUCAACCUUUAUUUGUCAGAAGUGUUAGAUCUGACAGUGAGUGAGGAGUUAUAAUUGGGGGCAUAGUUCUUGUACAUACAGUAGAUGAGGGACUACCAUUGGAGAGCUGACGAAUGGAAUCUGUACAGAUUCUGCUCCGAUUCAAAAGGAAUCGGGGGGGGUGGUCCUCACAUCUACUAAAAAGGAAAUUAUUCCUUCUUAGUAGAUGUGAGGACCACCCCCCCAAUUCCUUUUGUCUUUCAGUUAGCAUGGUGACGUGAGUACCUGAGGACCACUGUGCCAAGCCCCUGUGAAGCAGAACCACUUGUAAAGGAACAAAUCAAUGUCCAAUAUAUCAAAUAAACAAGGAAAUGAUGUUCAUGAAAAUAAAAAUGAAUCCACUGUCAUUUUAGCAGAGGAGAUUAAAGUUUUAAUGCUA